UCAUGGAACUGAUCUGAAGUGUAUGUUCACAACUAACGUUAAGGGCUUUAUUUACACCGCUUCAGAUUUAAUUACAUAUUUUAUUCCACUACGGCCUAAAUCUUUCAUUCGGCUAUAUUUUCUAUAAGCCUAAAUCUGUUUGUUGAUUAUGUGAAGACGUCUCCAGAGAUCAACAUGUGCUAGCAUGAACAAGGAAAUGACGGAACAUGAAUACUCCAUUGACAGGCAUCACCCAGCAUCUCCAGCUGAGGAAACCACAUCACAGACUAAUGUCAUUCUUGUCCCACAGCUGGAAACCGAGUUCAGCCGAGCAGCCAGGAUCAUCCAGAGCGCUUGGAGAAAACAUGUUGAUACUGCUGUUUUCAAGCACCUCAAGAAGCUUCUGAGCUUCCAUAAUCAAGGGGAUCCACGCCUCCUGCUUAGAUUUAUUAACCCUGCUGAGGCUAAUAUUCUGGAUGCUGCUUCAGGGGCUCUUAUCAGAUUCCGAUUGGGUGGGCCCACCUAUCCUCCAGAUAUCUACUUUAAAGUAUACACUCGAGCUCCUGUGGUGGACAUGUGCGCCUUUAGUCCAAAAGAUUACACACUGCAGAAGAAACUGGUUUCAAACCAGAUCCAUAAUGGCCGACUGCUGACCGACAAUGAGGACAAUCAUGCUGGGUGGUACCAGCGGGUAGAGAACAAUGGGUGGAGGAUUUUGUCUUGCAAGUUUUCCACUUCUGAAGACCCAAUCUUCAAACUAACUCAAGAUACCAAGAAGACAGAAUUUCAUCACUGCAAAAUCCACCGGCAGCAAGAUGUUGCUAAAAAAAAGAAAAUUCGGAAAAUUGAAUGGAUGAGGAAAAUGUAUGCUGAAGGUCGUACAGGACACAGUGAAACAGCUCAACAGCUUCAGAAUUCCUCAGAGACGUUGAUGGAUUCAUUUGAACAAACUUCCGACUUUGAGCAGGAAGUGGAUGAGUUGCUAGCGUGGACCAAAGCUCUCAAUUUUGAUGAGUAUAUUAAUGAAUGGAGGAAUUUGGGGACCAGCAGAUGUUAUAUAGUUGACAAAGAUGAGCUUGCUGUGAAUGUUCAGAGAGACCUUGGUAUAUGUGAGAUUUCUCCGCUCAGACAGGACGACAACCAACAUCUGGAUCUCAUCUGAGAGUUUUUACUCAUUUGCUUUAUUAAUUUGAGUAAAUGAAAAAGUUCUGAA